AAACCUGGAAAAGGAUGGAGGAGAGUUGAGGACACUCAUUCCCUCUUUUAAGGAUACCUUUUUCCUCGGCCAUUUCUUUCUCCUCCUAGUCUCCUUCCUCUACUGUCCACUGUACUGGAUCUUAGCCAGACCGAGAGAGGGGAAGCGGAAAACGAGGGAGGAGUACAUGCAGAGAGAUAAAUAGGAUGAUGAGGGACACCAUAAGGUGCUGCAUCUCCUGCAUCCUCCCCUGCGGCGCGCUCGACGUGAUCCGCAUCGUGCACGCGAGCGGCCGGGUGGAGGAGAUCAGCGGCACGGUCAGCGCAGGCGACAUCAUGCAGGCUUAUCCAAAGCACGUCCUCCGCAAGCCGCCCUCGGCAUCGCUGGACGGCGUCGAAGCCCCCAAGGCGGUGAUACUGCCGCCGGACGCCGAGCUCCAGAGGGGGAAGAUAUACUUCCUCGUGCCUGUCGCGUCGUCGGCGCCGGUGAAGGAGACGACAGCGGCGAGGGGGAGGAGGAGGAGGAGAAAGAAAGAAGGAGAGAGCAAUGCGGCCACAGCUGAUAAGACCAUGCUUCUCCUCAACGAGCGGUAUCUGUCGGAGAUCCUCUCGGAGAAGGCGUCGAGCUAUCGGGACAAGCGGCGAGGAAGAGUUGGCGUGUGGCGGCCGCACUUGGACAGCAUCUCCGAGGGCUCGAAUGAGCUCUGAACAUGGUCGUCUACCGCUUUCCUUUGUUAGCUCUUGUUUCUUCAAGCUUCUUCAUGAGGUGAUGAUAUGUGUCGCUAUAAAGAUCCAUACACUUCUUGGAUUCUGUUCCAUCCUUCUUCGAUGCUACAAAACUUUCUUUGGUGCUUAUUUCUGUCUCGGGUUUCAGAGAUCCGAAGAGAUUGUUCCACGGAGGUAGAUUUAAACUGAGACACAGAGAGAGGCAGGCCAGUAAUCCAAGGCAGAGAUAGCAUGGUUAGGAAACCCCACUUCACUGUUCAUCUUCUCCUUUGCUCAGUACCUGAAUACAAUAAAUGAAUCAUUGUUCUU